AUGACCAAGAUCCUUUUUCCGCUGUUGGAGGUGGUGGAUGCCAUGAGUGUUGAUGGCCACUUCGGCGUCCACCGUGGCCUAUGCCCAUCCGAUCCCCCAAGGACGGAGCGACUUAAAGGGCAGCCACGCAAGAAGAUCCUUCGAGAGCAUGACGCAGUUGCGCUUGCCGGUCGAAGGAUUCUAUCCGGGUCGUUCUCCCUCAGCGAACUGCCGGCUGGCACUUUUGCAGAGGAUCCCUCGAUUUGGACGGUCCUUGGAGCCGUGGAGCAUGUCCAACACGAGAACAACAAGGACAAGGUGCGUCUCCUCAAGGCGGUCAUGAACAUGGACCAAGUCGAGGCCGACUUGCUGAUUCAUGACGAUAUCUGCCACUUCCAAGAGUAUGCCUCUCAGAAGAAGCAUGCGCCAGACUUCAGCCCCCUUCGCUACUACGUGGUUGACGCAUUCCAUGUUGUGGGCGUGGCAACCAGCACUUCGGUUGAAAGGACCUGGCACAAGGACUUGGACGAUGACUCCUUCAUGAACGCUGUCCGGAGCCACUCCCUGGGUUCCUGGGGUCUCCAGAGCUUGGCCCGCCUGGCGUACCUUCUUCUGAGGGCAGGGCGCCGCGAAGGGCUCCGGCUGCUUUUGGAGGAAGUGGAAAAGUUGCAAGCCAGUCCGGAGGUGAAGGCUGGACUGUUCGCGCACGAGACCUUGGCCUACUUCACUCUUCAUAUGGUUCACUUCUACAGCGUCUCGAAGAAGCUUCCCCUUUCGGAGCCCUUUGCAGAUUUCGUGCAGAAGUGCGACCAGAUCCUUGACACAUCACUGUAUCGCUCGUACUAUUCGGAUGUGCUCAUACAUGGCAAAGAAGCUCGAACUGGGCUCGUUUUUCCUGACUUGCUCCCACUACCUGAUCUUGCCGUCUGCUUCACAGCGCGGAAUCGGUUCGCGGUCCUCCAGCAGGGUGGCUCCGUGGGAAUUUACAACCUCCAGAACGAGCUUUCCAAGAAGUUUGAUCCGCCAGUUUCGGCAGACUUCAUCUUUCCAGGUGGAAACAACCGCAUCCUGCUCAAGAGUGAAGAGAAGAUUGUGAUGUACGACCUGACCGCCCGCAAGACCGUCGAUGAGGUCAGCGUGGCAGGAGGUGUGCGAUACGUAGUUUGGUCGCCGAAUGGAGUCUACGUGGCGUUUAUGUCCAAGCACAAUGUCUUGCUGGCUGGUAAGAACCUGGAGUAUUACCACUCGUUCCAUGAGAACAUCCGCGUGAAGAGUGGAGCCUGGGACGAGAAUGGGGUGUUCGUGUACUCCACCCUGAGCCACGUGAAGUACUGCCUCCCCAACGGUGACAGUGGGAUCAUCCAUUCCUUGGCGAACCCUAUCUACAUCGCACGAGUACACAAGCAGAUGAUGUACUACAUUGACAGGGAGCAGAAGGUCGGCAAGCAGCGUCUGAACUGCUCCGAGUACCUCUUCAAGCUCGCGCUUCACAAGCGCAACUUCAAUGACGUGAAGCUGUGGAUUAGUAAUGGCCGGCUUUGUGGCAACGCGGUGAUUGGAUAUCUGAAGUCCAAGGGCUUUCCAGAGGUGGCACUCCACUUUGUGGAAGACCAGCAGACCCGCUUCAACCUGGCUCUCGAGUAUGGUCACAUCGAGGAGGCCAUGACAGCGGCCCAGGAACUGGACGAGCGAAGCUGCUGGAAUCGCCUGGGACUGGAAGCGCUCCGGCAGGGCAACCAGCAGAUCGUCGAGAUGGUGUACCAGAAGACCAAGAAUUUUGAUGCGCUGUCCUUCUUGUACCUCAUCACCGGCAACAUUGCGAAGCUACGGAAGAUGCUCAAGAUUGCAGAGAUGCGGGGCGAUGUCAUGUCGCGCUUUCACAAUGCCCUAAUGCUGGGACAAGUGGAAGAGCGAGUCAAGAUUAUGGCCGAAAUGGGACAGGUGCCGCUGGCAGCGCUUACGGCACGAGCCCACCGGCUGACGGAAUACAUGGAGAAGCUGGAGGAGCAGCUUCAAGGAAACGAUAUUCUGGCGCACAUUCCGAGCAAGACCGUCCUGCUCGUUCCUCCCGUGCCCCUUUGCCGACCUGGUGCCGGCGACUCUGGUAAUUGGCCCUUGCUUACGUCCACAAAGAAGAUCUUCGAGAAGAGCAGCUUCGAGGCGGCAGCGCCGCCCCCGAUGCCGGGCUCGGAGGCCUUCCUGGAUGCGGAGGAGAACCCGGAGGACACAGAGGGUCUAGGUGGAGGUGCCUGGGGAGAGGAGGAGACGGCCCUGGAUUUGGGUGCGGAUAUGGGUGGUGGCGACUGGGGAGGAGACCUGGACCUCGGUGAUUUGGGCGGCCUGCUCCCUGCGUCCACUGAGCCACAGGAGGAGGAGCGAGGUUUGAACCUCACCCUGGCAGACAGCUGCCAGGUCAAGUGGCUCAGGAAACGCAGACUUCCUGCGGAUCUCGUGGCGGCCGGUGACUUCGAGGAGGCGCUCGGCUUGCUCAAGCGGCGGCUGGGCUUGAUGAACGCAGAGCCUUUGGAGCCUAUUUUCAAGCAGGCUUACUGGGCUACAUGCACCUCGUUGCCCAGUCUGCCGCAAAUGGUGUCGAUCAACUGGCCUCUGCUGUCAGAGGGUAGCAUCAAGUCCAGGGAGAUUGCUCCCAUGGUGCUCUUCACCCCACAGGUGAUCCUGGAAAGAGUCAAGGAGGCUCACAAGAUGACUUCCGCAGGAAAGUUUAACGACGCCCUUGCAGCCUUCCGAAGUGCUCUCCAGUCCAUCCCGAUCUCCGUGGCCAACGAUGCCAACGAAGAGCGGCAGCUCACAGACAUGAUUGAGAUGUGCAGAGAGUAUGUGACCUUCGCGAGACUACAGGUGACUAGCAAGAAGCUGACUCCAGACAAGGCUGCGAGACAGAUCGAGCUCAACGCCUACCUCACUUGCUGCAAGCUACAGCAGUUCCACCAGUUCUUGACGCUAAAGACAGCCAUGGGCAUCGCAUUCAAGAACGAGAACUUCGUGACUGCAGCGUCCUUUGCAAAGAGGAUGAUUCAGGGUAAUUUUGGCCCUGCCGACAAGCACAAAGACGACGUGCAGAAAGCCAGACAAGUGCUCCAAAUCUGUGAGCAGAAG